AUGGCUUCUUCAAGGGUGCAACUCCUGUUACUCUCGUUCAUAUGGUUUUUCUUGCUUGGCCAUAAUGAGGUUGCUGCAAACUGGGGAUUAUCUCCAGAAGAAGAAUUGAGAUUCAAGCAGCAACUCACAAGUCUUGACAAGUCUGCAGUUAAAAGCAUCCAUGAAGGUGGAGACAUAUACGACUGUGUUGAUUUCUACAAACAACCUGGUUUUAGUCAUCCCUUUUGGCAGAAUACUACGUAUCAGACAAAACGUAAAUUAUUUAUGCAAGGAUUGCGGAGUACAGCAAAAUUACCAUUGAAUAUUGGACUAAAAGAUGGAGGUUGUCCUUAUGGAACAGUUCCGAUUAAGAGAAUUGGUAAAGAUGAAUUACAUUCAGAAUUAUAUCCCUCAAAUCUAGAGGACGAGCCCGGACAUCAUUAUGCAGUACUUCAAACAAAACCUGAUCCAAAUAGGAUGUUGGAGGGAACUGAAUCGUACUUCGGAUUAUAUAACCCCAAAGGUGUUAGUGGAACCCAAUUUAGCUCAUUCCGCUUGAAAAUUUCAAAUGGUGGUGAUAGCAUAAAAGCAGGAUUCAUGGUGUAUCCAUUGCUAUUCAAAGAUACCAAAACUCGAUUGUUUGCUCAUGUUAUGGUGGAUAAAAAAAUGCAGUGUUAUAAUCAAGAGUGUCCAGGAUAUGUACAAAACAGUCCUCGGAUACCUCUCGGUUGGCCAAUCAAGCAUACUUCAGUUGUAGGAGGACACCAAUAUGCCAUAAGAUUGCAGAUCAGUAAGCAAUAUAUACGCACGGGGCCGAAUUCAACGGAAUAUAUAUGGUCGCUACAAUUUCAUGAUGAUUGGUACACAUACGUAGGAAUGUGGCCAGCAGCAAUGUUUGGAAGUUUAUAUAAUGUUGGAAACCAAGCAGAUUGGGGUGGAGAAGUUUACAGUCCACCUGACCAACCAAGUCCACCUAUGGGUACUGGCAUUCUUCCAAAACCCAAUGGAGACUCAAGAUAUGCACAUAGUCGUGGUAUUGGUAUUUCAUAUCCGAAUACGAGAUCACUAUAUGUGAACCCAAAUGAUACAGUUCUAUAUGCAUCGGAUCCAAAGUUUUACAAUGUCAUGGAUCGCGGAUAUAUGAAUGACAAUUGGGGACGGAUGAUUUUAUACGAUGGUCCGGGUGGAAUUAAAGGAGCUUGA